AUGCUUUCUUCUCAAAUCCAGGCUAUUCCAACAUCAAAACUUCUCUACAAAGUUCUCUACUGGGCAUUCUCACCAGCUGGCUCAGUUAUCAAUAUGUCCCGACGCCCACCCUCAAUGGACGGGGCCUUGAACAGCCUGGCCUCCCAUCAUUUUGCACUACUCUAUAUUGACGAAUGUGGCAAACUGCGCUUCGAAGCCUCCCCGUCGAUUGCCAAUGACGCCCACUCAAUACUGUCCUCGGAAGUGACCCAGUUAUUCCUAAAGGCAGUCACCGGGUCCGAGAAUGGGAGCAGGGCUGGCUCUGAAUCUAAUCUCGACCUGCGAACUGGGCGGAGUUCGUCCUCUCCAGAUUCUCCUACGUCCAACUCUAGCCCCAGUUCCUUCAUCUCUAUGCCUCUAGACACAAGCCGGAAGCGCAAGCGAGGAGCACACGAGUACGUGAUGCCAAUGAGCAUCACCUGUCAUCCGCGAACCAUGCUUUCAGUCUCGAACGAAAGCCUUCUGCAGAAGUACUACGAGAAGGCAUUUGAGGCUCUGCAGCAGGUAAACUGUCGCAUUCUAGCCAAGGCCUAUAUCAGACUUGUUGAACCACGGAAGCAAGUGAAUUAUCCAUACAACGGCCACAAGGUCGUUGCCGGUGUUUCCCAGCAGUUUGAUCCUGAAGAGACAAGACCUCCCUGGUGGCCUGCGAGUGCGGGAGUGACGCAUAAAGAACCAGACCACCUCCUGAAGCCGGAGCGGAUUCGCCUCCUCGUCUACAUCCUGUGCGAACUCCGUGAUAGCCACGGCAUCUGCGUCGAAAAGCUCAGGGAAGCCGACCAAGCCAUCCGCCGCCAAAUCGCGCCCCCUGAACGUCUUCAGAUCUUGGAUGAGAUCUACCGGGUCCGCGGGGAAGAAGAACGUUACCUCGAAGGCCGCUCCGACGCCCAAACAGUUGUAUGCGUCUCCCGCGUCCAUCUUCCAGACAUGCCAGACACCCAAACAUCUUUCUACUCACCAGCCAACUCAAUACCCAUGUCCGACACAUACCGCGAUGACGUCCCGAAUCUGGAGUCUCAUACCUCCGUCUUCUCUUCUUCUCUUUCAACCGGUGACACUCUUGUUCGACGAGAGUACGCAGCAACUCCAACCCCCAUCACCCCCGUUUCCAUGCCGGCAGCCUCAACUACCUGGGAGACAUAUUCCUCCACGAUCCCAGUUUCUGCCACAUUACCACCAAUCAACCCAUCCAUAAGACACCCCGGCACAGAACAUACCUCCCCUUACGCUCUUGAGUAUCCCACACCACCGACGUACGGCUACCACCAGCCGGCACCAACCCUUGAAAUGCAACCGUUCUCUAUGGGUUACGCAAACAUCCCUCCUCAUCAUCUCUCUCAGAGUGUCCCGCACAAUGGCCACCAGCCAUACUACUUCGACUACUAA